AUGAUUGAUCUUCGACUAAAUCUCACAAAAACGAAGUUGAUGAAGGACGGAUUAUGCUCCAUUUACGCUCAACGGAACGAAUAUCUCCGAAUGCUCCAGUUAUGUCUAUCUAGGUCGGGAAAUAAACAUGAUAAGCGACUUAGCUCCAGAGAUGAGCAGGAGGAAACGGCGGGUUGGGAAGCUUUCAAGAACAUCGAAGAUAUUCCAGCAUGGAUUUUAAAAAUGGCGGAAGAUGAGCGUUGUUAUGAGGAAGCCAAAAAACAGGCGCUAACCGAACUUGAGCGUUGUCGGACGCAUGUUCUACGAGAAUUUGAACAACGACGGAAGCAAUGUGAGGAUACACACCGUACCGAAAUGGAAGCCAUGCGGCAGAAGUUGGACAAGCGACUUAAAGAACUCGAGCAAGUGCAAACCGACAUGGCAUUGAACAAAUUCCGACGUCUGUCAAUGGUAUAUGAAUCUUUUCUCUGA